AUGGCAUCUGUCCGGAGUCGCUUCUUCCGGCUGUCCUCACGUGGUGUGGUCAUCAACGAGCGCAUCUUUGUGAAGGGGCCGACUGUGGUGGUGUUAAUGCCCAUGGUGCACGUGGCGGCCAAGAGCUUCUUCGAUGCCACGCUCAGAAGCACUCGAUUUCACCAGUUCGACGCAGUCUAUCACGAGGGCCCACCGCCAGGGUGCACAGAUGAUCCUGCUUACCCGACUUGGCGCUUCACGCCCUCCCUUCGCCACGCAUCUCCCUCUGGGGCGUUCCUGGAGCUGUGCUGGAUCAUUUGGUUUCGGGUGCCGCUGGCCGUGAGCAACAAGAUGUGCAAGAUGCUGGGAUGGCAGCCCUUGGCUCUGCAGCCAGAGCCAAUGCGUCCAUCAGCGGAGACUCCGCGUUUCGAGUGCACCGACUCCACCAGCGUGGUGGAGACAGCACUCUUCAUGGCAAGCCUUCACCGCUACGACCCCAGGGCUGACCGCCUUGUGGCCGCGCUGAUUGAAGCUGCGCCGGGACGCUAUGCAGUGCCCUGGGGUUUGGCCCACAUGCGGUACAUCGAACAGCAGCUGCGGGCCAACGGCACUUUUGCUGCAGAACUGAACCAGCUGCAGACCCUAGGCUUUGCACCGUCGCAAGAGUUCGACCAAGAACACACUGCCUGCAGCUGGGGCACCGCGAUUUGUGCUCAUGUGCAGCGAG